AUGCCUCACAUCCCGCUGACACCUCGAGAGGCACGCGGAGUUCAUUGCUUCAAAAGGCUCAAGACGUAUGCCAACUUCCCAGAAGCACCUCAGGAGGAGGCUUCUCUCAGCAAUAGGCUCAAGACGUAUGCCAACUUCCCAGAAGCACCUCAGGAGGAGGCUUCUCUCCGCAAUAGGCUCAAGACGUAUGCCAACUUCCCAGAAGCACCUCAGGAGGAGGCUUCUCUCAGCAAUAGGCUCAAGACGUAUGCCAACUUCCCAGAAGCACCUCAGGAGGAGGCUUCUCUCAGCAAUAGGCUCAAGACGUAUGCCAACUUCCCAGAAGCACCUCAGGAGGAGGCUUCUCUCAGCAAUAGGCUCAAGACGUAUGCCAACUUCCCAGAAGCACCUCAGGAGGAGGCUUCUCUCAGCAAUAGGCUCAAGACGUAUGCCAACUUUCCAGAAGCACCUCAGGAGGAGGCUUCUCUCAGCAAUAGGCUCAAGACGUAUGCCAACUUCCCAGAAGCACCUCAGGAGGAGGCUUCUCUCAGCAAUAGGCUCAAGACGUAUGCCAACUUUCCAGAAGCACCUCAGGAGGAGGCUUCUCUCAGCAAUAGGUUCAAGACGUAUGCCAACUUUCCAGAAGCACCUCAGGAGGAGGCUUCUCUCAGCAAUAGGUUCAAGACGUAUGCCAACUUUCCAGAAGCACCUCAGGAGGAGGCUUCUCUCAGCAAUAGGCUCAAGACGUAUGCCAACUUCCCAGAAGCACCUCAGGAGGAGGCUUCUCUCAGAAAUAGGCUCAAGACGUAUGCCAACUUUCCAGAAGCACCUCAGGAGGAGGCUUCUCUCAGCAAUAGGUUCAAGACGUAUGCCAACUUUCCAGAAGCACCUCAGGAGGAGGCUUCUCUCAGCAAUAGGUUCAAGACGUAUGCCAACUUUCCAGAAGCACCUCAGGAGGAGGCUUCUCUCAGCAAUAGGCUCAAGACGUAUGCCAACUUCCCAGAAGCACCUCAGGAGGAGGCUUCUCUCAGAAAUAGGCUCAAGACGUAUACCAACUCCCCAGAAGCACCUCAGGAGGAGGCUUCUCUCAGCAAUAGGCUCAAGACGUAUGCCAACUUUCCAGAAGCACCUCAGGAGGAGGCUUCUCUCAGCAAUAGGUUCAAGACGUAUGCCAACUUUCCAGAAGCACCUCAGGAGGAGGCUUCUCUCAGCAAUAGGUUCAAGACGUAUGCCAACUUUCCAGAAGCACCUCAGGAGGAGGCUUCUCUCAGCAAUAGGCUCAAGACGUAUGCCAACUUCCCAGAAGCACCUCAGGAGGAGGCUUCUCUCAGCAAUAGGCUCAAGACGUAUACCAACUCCCCAGAAGCACCUCAGGAGGAGGCUUCUCUCAGCAAUAGGCUCAAGACGUAUGCCAACUUUCCAGAAGCACCUCAGGAGGAGGCUUCUCUCAGCAAUAGGUUCAAGACGUAUGCCAACUUUCCAGAAGCACCUCAGGAGGAGGCUUCUCUCAGCAAUAGGCUCAAGACGUAUGCCAACUUUCCAGAAGCACCUCAGGAGGAGGCUUCUCUCAGCAAUAGGUUCAAGACGUAUGCCAACUUUCCAGAAGCACCUCAGGAGGAGGCUUCUCUCAGCAAUAGGCUCAAGACGUAUGCCAACUUCCCAGAAGCACCUCAGGAGGAGGCUUCUCUCAGAAAUAGGCUCAAGACGUAUACCAACUCCCCAGAAGCACCUCAGGAGGAGGCUUCUCUCAGCAAUAGGCUCAAGACGUAUGCCAACUUUCCAGAAGCACCUCAGGAGGAGGCUUCUCUCAGCAAUAGGUUCAAGACGUAUGCCAACUUUCCUGAAUCACCUCAGGAGGAGGCUUCUCUCAGCAAUAGGCUCAAGACGUAUGCCAACUUCCCAGAAGCACCUCAGGAGGAGGCUUCUCUCAGAAAUAGGCUCAAGACGUAUGCCAACUUUCCAGAAGCACCUCAGGAGGAGGCUUCUCUCAGCAAUAGGCUCAAGACGUAUGCCAACUUUCCAGAAGCACCUCAGGAGGAGGCUUCUCUCAGCAAUAGGCUCAAGACGUAUGCCAACUUUCCAGAAGCACCUCAGGAGGAGGCUUCUCUCAGCAAUAGGCUCAAGACGUAUGCCAACUUCCCAGAAGCACCUCAGGAGGAGGCUUCUCUCAGCAAUAGGCUCAAGACGUAUGCCAACUUCCCAGAAGCACCUCAGGAGGAGGCUUCUCUAAGCAAUAGGCUCAAGACGUAUGCCAACUUCCCAGAAGCACCUCAGGAGGAGGCUUCUCUCAGAAAUAGGCUCAAGACGUAUGCCAACUUUCCAGAAGCACCUCAGGAGGAGGCUUCUCUCAGCAAUAGGCUCAAGACGUAUGCCAACUUUCCAGAAGCACCUCAGGAGGAGGCUUCUCUCAGCAAUAGGCUCAAGACGUAUGCCAACUUCCCAGAAGCACCUCAGGAGGAGGCUUCUCUCAGCAAUAGGCUCAAGACGUAUGCCAACUUCCCAGAAGCACCUCAGGAGGAGGCUUCUCUAAGCAAUAGGCUCAAGACGUAUGCCAACUUUCCAGAAGCACCUCAGGAGGAGGCUUCUCUCAGCAAUAGGCUCAAGACGUAUGCCAACUUCCCAGAAGCACCUCAGGAGGAGGCUUCUCUCAGCAAUAGGCUCAAGACGUAUGCCAACUUUCCAGAAGCACCUCAGGAGGAGGCUUCUCUCAGCAAUAGGCUCAAGACGUAUGCCAACUUCCCAGAAGCACCUCAGGAGGAGGCUUCUCUCAGCAAUAAGCUCAAGACGUAUGCCAACUUUCCAGAAGCACCUCAGGAGGAGGCUUCUCUCAGCAAUAGGCUCAAGACGUAUGCCAACUUCCCAGAAGCACCUCAGGAGGAGGCUUCUCUCAGCAAUAGGCUCAAGACGUAUGCCAACUUCCCAGAAGCACCUCAGGAGGAGGCUUCUCUCAGCAAUAAGCUCAAGACGUAUGCCAACUUUCCAGAAGCAACUCAGGAGGAGGCUUCUCUCAGCAAUAGGCUCAAGACGUAUGCCAACUUCCCAGAAGCACCUCAGGAGGAGGCUUCUCUCAGCAAUAGGCUCAAGACGUAUGCCAACUUUCCAGAAGCACCUCAGGAGGAGGCUUCUCUCAGCAAUAGGCUCAAGACGUAUGCCAACUUCCCAGAAGCACCUCAGGAGGAGGCUUCUCUAAGCAAUAGGCUCAAGACGUAUGCCAACUUUCCAGAAGCACCUCAGGAGGAGGCUUCUCUCAGCAAUAGGCUCAAGACGUAUGCCAACUUCCCAGAAGCACCUCAGGAGGAGGCUUCUCUCAGCAAUAGGCUCAAGACGUAUGCCAACUUUCCAGAAGCACCUCAGGAGGAGGCUUCUCUCAGCAAUAGGCUCAAGACGUAUGCCAACUUCCCAGAAGCACCUCAGGAGGAGGCUUCUCUCAGCAAUAAGCUCAAGACGUAUGCCAACUUUCCAGAAGCACCUCAGGAGGAGGCUUCUCUCAGCAAUAGGCUCAAGACGUAUGCCAACUUCCCAGAAGCACCUCAGGAGGAGGCUUCUCUCAGCAAUAGGCUCAAGACGUAUGCCAACUUCCCAGAAGCACCUCAGGAGGAGGCUUCUCUCAGCAAUAAGCUCAAGACGUAUGCCAACUUUCCAGAAGCAACUCAGGAGGAGGCUUCUCUCAGCAAUAGGCUCAAGACGUAUGCCAACUUCCCAGAAGCACCUCAGGAGGAGGCUUCUCUCAGCAAUAGGCUCAAGACGUAUGCCAACUUUCCAGAAGCACCUCAGGAGGAGGCUUCUCUCAGCAAUAGGUUCAAGACGUAUGCCAACUUUCCAGAAGCACCUCAGGAGGAGGCUUCUCUCAGCAAUAGGCUCAAGACGUAUGCCAACUUCCCAGAAGCACCUCAGGAGGAGGCUUCUCUCAGCAAUAGGCUCAAGACGUAUACCAACUCCCCAGAAGCACCUCAGGAGGAGGCUUCUCUCAGCAAUAGGCUCAAGACGUAUGCCAACUUUCCAGAAGCACCUCAGGAGGAGGCUUCUCUCAGCAAUAGGUUCAAGACGUAUGCCAACUUUCCAGAAGCACCUCAGGAGGAGGCUUCUCUCAGCAAUAGGCUCAAGACGUAUGCCAACUUCCCAGAAGCACCUCAGGAGGAGGCUUCUCUCAGAAAUAGGCUCAAGACGUAUACCAACUCCCCAGAAGCACCUCAGGAGGAGGCUUCUCUCAGCAAUAGGCUCAAGACGUAUGCCAACUUUCCAGAAGCACCUCAGGAGGAGGCUUCUCUCAGCAAUAGGUUCAAGACGUAUGCCAACUUUCCUGAAUCACCUCAGGAGGAGGCUUCUCUCAGCAAUAGGCUCAAGACGUAUGCCAACUUCCCAGAAGCACCUCAGGAGGAGGCUUCUCUCAGAAAUAGGCUCAAGACGUAUGCCAACUUUCCAGAAGCACCUCAGGAGGAGGCUUCUCUCAGCAAUAGGCUCAAGACGUAUGCCAACUUUCCAGAAGCAUCUCAGGAGGAGGCUUCUCUCAGCAAUAGGCUCAAGACGUAUGCCAACUUUCCAGAAGCACCUCAGGAGGAGGCUUCUCUCAGCAAUAGGCUCAAGACGUAUGCCAACUUCCCAGAAGCACCUCAGGAGGAGGCUUCUCUCAGCAAUAGGCUCAAGACGUAUGCCAACUUCCCAGAAGCACCUCAGGAGGAGGCUUCUCUAAGCAAUAGGCUCAAGACGUAUGCCAACUUCCCAGAAGCACCUCAGGAGGAGGCUUCUCUCAGAAAUAGGCUCAAGACGUAUGCCAACUUUCCAGAAGCACCUCAGGAGGAGGCUUCUCUCAGCAAUAGGCUCAAGACGUAUGCCAACUUUCCAGAAGCACCUCAGGAGGAGGCUUCUCUCAGCAAUAGGCUCAAGACGUAUGCCAACUUUCCAGAAGCACCUCAGGAGGAGGCUUCUCUCAGCAAUAGGCUCAAGACGUAUGCCAACUUCCCAGAAGCACCUCAGGAGGAGGCUUCUCUCAGCAAUAGGCUCAAGACGUAUGCCAACUUCCCAGAAGCACCUCAGGAGGAGGCUUCUCUAAGCAAUAGGCUCAAGACGUAUGCCAACUUUCCAGAAGCACCUCAGGAGGAGGCUUCUCUCAGCAAUAGGCUCAAGACGUAUGCCAACUUCCCAGAAGCACCUCAGGAGGAGGCUUCUCUCAGCAAUAGGCUCAAGACGUAUGCCAACUUUCCAGAAGCACCUCAGGAGGAGGCUUCUCUCAGCAAUAGGCUCAAGACGUAUGCCAACUUCCCAGAAGCACCUCAGGAGGAGGCCUCUCUCAGCAAUAGGCUCAAGACGUAUGCCAACUUUCCAGAAGCACCUCAGGAGGAGGCUUCUCUCAGCAAUAGGCUCAAGACGUAUGCCAACUUCCCAGAAGCACCUCAGGAGGAGGCUUCUCUCAGCAAUAGGCUCAAGACGUAUGCCAACUUCCCAGAAGCACCUCAGGAGGAGGCUUCUCUCAGCAAUAAGCUCAAGACGUAUGCCAACUUUCCAGAAGCAACUCAGGAGGAGGCUUCUCUCAGCAAUAGGCUCAAGACGUAUGCCAACUUCCCAGAAGCACCUCAGGAGGAGGCUUCUCUCAGCAAUAGGCUCAAGACGUAUGCCAACUUUCCAGAAGCACCUCAGGAGGAGGCUUCUCUCAGCAAUAGGCUCAAGACGUAUGCCAACUCCCCAGAAGCACCUCAGGAGGAGGCUUCUCUCAGCAAUAGGCUCAAGACGUAUGCCAACUUUUCAGAAGCACCUCAGGAGGAGGCUUCUCUCAGCAAUAGGCUCAAGACGUAUGCCAACUUCCCAGAAGCACCUCAGGAGGAGGCUUCUCUCAGCAAUAGGCUCAAGACGUAUGCCAACUUUCCAGAAGCACCUCAGGAGGAGGCUUCUCUCAGCAAUAGGCUCAAGACGUAUGCCAACUUUCCAGAAGCACCUCAGGUGGAGGCUUCUCUCAGCAAUAGGCUCAAGACAUAUGCCAACUUUCCAGAAGCACCUCAGGAGGAGGCUUCUCUCAGCAAUAGGCUCAAGACGUAUGCCAACUUUCCAGAAGCACCUCAGGAGGAGGCUUCUCUCAGCAAUAGGCUCAAGACGUAUGCCAACUUUCCAGAAGCACCUCAGGAGGAGGCUUCUCUCAGCAAUAGGCUCAAGACGUAUGCCAACUUCCCAGAAGCACCUCAGGAGGAGGCUUGUCUCAGCAAUAGGCUCAAGACGUAUGCCAACUUUCCAGAAGCACCUCAGGAGGAGGCUUCUCUCAGCAAUAGGCUCAAGACGUAUGCCAACUCCCCAGAAGCACCUCAGGAGGAGGCUUCUCUCAGCAAUAGGCUCAAGACGUAUGCCAACUUUUCAGAAGCACCUCAGGAGGAGGCUUCUCUCAGCAAUAGGCUCAAGACGUAUGCCAACUUCCCAGAAGCACCUCAGGAGGAGGCUUCUCUCAGCAAUAGGCUCAAGACGUAUGCCAACUUUCCAGAAGCACCUCAGGAGGAGGCUUCUCUCAGCAAUAGGCUCAAGACGUAUGCCACCUUUCCAGAAGCACCUCAGGUGGAGGCUUCUCUCAGCAAUAGGCUCAAGACAUAUGCCAACUUUCCAGAAGCACCUCAGGAGGAGGCUUCUCUCAGCAAUAGGCUCAAGACGUAUGCCAACUUUCCAGAAGCACCUCAGGAGGAGGCUUCUCUCAGCAAUAGGCUCAAGACGUAUGCCAACUUUCCAGAAGCACCUCAGGAGGAGGCUUCUCUCAGCAAUAGGCUCAAGACGUAUGCCAACUUUCCAGAAGCACCUCAGGUGGAGGCUUCUCUCAGCAAUAGGCUCAAGACAUAUGCCAACUUUCCAGAAGCACCUCAGGAGGAGGCUUCUCUCAGCAAUAGGCUCAAGACGUAUGCCAACUUUCCAGAAGCACCUCAGGAGGAGGCUUCUCUCAGCAAUAGGCUCAAGACGUAUGCCAACUUUCCAGAAGCACCUCAGGAGGAGGCUUCUCUCAGCAAUAGGCUCAAGACGUAUGCCAACUUUCCAGAAGCACCUCAGGUGGAGGCUUCUCUCAGCAAUAGGCUCAAGACAUAUGCCAACUUUCCAGAAGCACCUCAGGAGGAGGCUUCUCUCAGCAAUAGGCUCAAGACGUAUGCCAACUUUCCAGAAGCACCUCAGGAGGAGGCUUCUCUCAGCAAUAGGCUCAAGACGUAUACCAACUCCCCAGAAGCACGUCAGGAGGAGGCUUCUCUCAGCAAUAGGCUCAAGACGUAUGCCAACUUUCCAGAAGCACCUCAGGAGGAGGCUUCUCUCAGCAAUAGGCUCAAGACGUAUGCCAACUUUCCAGAAGCACCUCAGGAGGAGGCUUCUCUCAGCAAUAGGCUCAAGACAUAUGCCAACUUUCCAGAAGCACCUCAGGAGGAGGCUUCUCUCAGCAAUAGGCUCAAGACGUAUGCCAACUUUCCAGAAGCACCUCAGGAGGAGGCUUCUCUCAGCAAUAGGCUCAAGACGUAUACCAACUCCCCAGAAGCACGUCAGGAGGAGGCUUCUCUCAGCAAUAGGCUCAAGACGUAUGCCAACUUUCCAGAAGCACCUCAGGAGGAGGCUUCUCUCAGCAAUAGGCUCAAGACGUAUGCCAACUUUCCAGAAGCACCUCAGGAGGAGGCUUCUCUCAGCAAUAGGCUCAAGACGUAUGCCAACUUUCCAGAAGCACCUCAGGAGGAGGCUUCUCUCAGCAAUAGGCUCAAGACGUAUGCCAACUUUCCAGAAGCACCUCAGGAGGAGGCUUCUCUCAGCAAUAGGCUCAAGACGUAUGCGAACUCCCCAGAAGCACCUCAGGAGGAGGCUUCUCUCAGCAAUAGGUUCAAGACGUAUGCCAACUUUCCAGAAGCACCUCAGGAGGAGGCUUCUCUCAGCAAUAGCCUCAAGACGUAUGCCAACUUUCCAGAAGCACCUCAGGAGGAGGCUUCUCUCAGCAAUAGGUUCAAGACGUAUGCCAACUUUCCAGAAGCACCUCAGGAGGAGGCUUCUCUCAGCAAUAGGCUCAAGACGUAUGCCAACUUCCCAGAAGCACCUCAGGAGGAGGCUUCUCUCAGCAAUAGGCUCAAGACGUAUGCCAACUUCCCAGAAGCACCUCAGGAGGAGGCUUCUCUCAGCAAUAGGCUCAAGACGUAUGCCAACUUCCCAGAAGCACCUCAGGAGGAGGCUUCUCUCAGCAAUAGGCUCAAGACGUAUGCCAACUUUCCAGAAGCACCUCAGGAGGAGGCUUCUCUCAGCAAUAGGCUCAAGACGUAUGCCAACUUUCCAGAAGCAACACAGGAGGAGGCUUCAUUUAGCAAUAGGCUCAAGACGUAUGCCAACUUUCCAGAAGCACCUCAGGAGGAGGCUUCUCUCAGCAAUAGGCUCAAGACGUAUGCCAACUUUCCAGAAGCACCUCAGGAGGAGGCUUCUCUCAGCAAUAGGCUCAAGACGUAUGCCAACUUUCCAGAAGCAACACAGGAGGAGGCUUCAUUUAGCACUAGGCUCAAGACGUAUGCCAACUUUCCAGAAGCACCUCAGGAGGAGGCUUCUCUCAGCAAUAGGCUCAAGACGUAUGCCAACUUUCCAGAAGCACCUCAGGAGGAGGCUUCUCUCAGCAAUAGGCUCAAGACGUAUGCCAACUUUCCAGAAGCAACACAGGAGGAGGCUUCAUUUAGCAAUAGGCUCAAGACGUAUGCCAACUUUCCAGAAGCACCUCAGGAGGAGGCUUCUCUCAGCAAUAGGCUCAAGACGUAUGCCAACUUUCCAGAAGCACCUCAGGAGGAGGCUUCUCUCAGUAAUAGGCUCAAGACGUAUGCCAACUUUCCAGAAGCACCUCAGGAGGAGGCUUCUCUCAGCAAUAGGCUCAAGACGUAUGCCAACUUUCCAGAAGCACCUCAGGAGGAGGCUUCUCUCAGCAAUAGGCUCAAGACGUAUGCCAACUCCCCAGAAGCAAAUCAGGAGGAGGCUUCUCUCAGUAAUAGGCUCAAGACGUAUGCCAACUUUCCAGAAGCACCUCAGGAGGAGGCUUCUCUCAGCAAUAGGCUCAAGACGUAUGCCAACUUCCCAGAAGCACCUCAGGAGGAGGCUUCUCUCAGCAAUAGGCUCAAGACGUAUGCCAACUCCCCAGAAGCACCUCAGGCGGAGGCUUCUCUCAGUAAUAGGCUCAAGACGUAUGCCAACUUUCCAGAAGCACCUCAGGAGGACGCUUCUCUCAGCAAUAGGCUCAAGACGUAUGCCAACUUUCCAGAAGCACCUCAGGAGGAGGCUUCUCUCAGUAAUAGGCUCAAGACGUAUGCCAACUUCCCAGAAGCACCUCAGGAGGAGGCUUCUCUCAGCAAUAGGCUCAAGACGUAUGCCAACUUUCCAGAAGCACCUCAGGAGGAGGCUUCUCUCAGCAAUAGGCUCAAGACGUAUGCCAACUCCCCAGAAGCACCUCAGGCGGAGGCUUCUCUCAGUAAUAGGCUCAAGACGUAUGCCAACUUCCCAGAAGCACCUCAGGAGGAGGCUUCUCUCAGCAAUAGGCUCAAGACGUAUGCCAACUUUCCAGAAGCACCUCAGGAGGAGGCUUCUCUCAGUAAUAGGCUCAAGACGUAUGCCAACUUCCCAGAAGCACCUCAGGAGGAGGCUUCUCUCAGCAAUAGGCUCAAGACGUAUGCCAACUUUCCAGAAGCACCUCAGGAGGAGGCUUCUCUCAGCAAUAGGCUCAAGACGUAUGCCAACUCACCAGAAGCACCUCAGGCGGAGGCUUCUCUCAGUAAUAGGCUCAAGACGUAUGCCAACUUCCCAGAAGCACCUCAGGAGGAGGCUUCUCUCAGCAAUAGGCUCAAGACGUAUGCCAACUCCCUAGAAGCACCUCAGGAGGAGGCUUCUCUCAGUAAUAGGCUCAAGACGUAUGCCAACUUCCCAGAAGCACCUCAGGAGGAGGCUUCUCUCAGCAAUAGGCUCAAGACGUAUGCCAACUUUCCAGAAGCACCUCAGGAGGAGGCUUCUCUCAGCAAUAGGCUCAAGACGUAUGCCAACUUCCCAGAAGCACCUCAGGAGGAGGCUUCUCUCAGCAAUAGGCUCAAGACGUAUGCCAACUCCCCAGAAGCACCUCAGGAGGAGGCUUCUCUCAGUAAUAGGCUCAAGACGUAUGCCAACUCCCCAGAAGCACCUCAGGAGGAGGCUUCUCUCAGUAAUAGGAAUCCCAAAAUCCCUGUGGCUACUGGAAAGGGUCCUUUGGUGCCCUGCCUCACCUCGAGAAGCGUACCUUUUGCCCUGCCAAGCCUCAAAGAGAUUCCUGACGUGUCCCUCGUUACUAGACAGGAGUCCUGA